AUGUUUUCAUCAAAAAAGAGUUUAUUAUUAUUUAAAAAUGUUAGAUAUAUGUCAACAUCAUCUUCAAAAACAGUUGGAUUUAUUGGAUUAGGUAAUAUGGGUGGACAUCAAGCAAUCAAUUUAAUAAAGAAAGGUCAUAAUUUAAUUGUAUUUGAUAUGUCAAAAGAUAAUAUGAAUAGAUUAAAAGAAAAAGGAGCUAAAAUUGCCAAUUCACCAGCAGAGGUUGCAAAAGAAGCCGAUGUUAUCGUUACCAUGUUACCAGCAUCAGCACAUGUAAAGAAUGUUUAUUGUGGUGAGAAUGGUAUUUUUCAAACUGUUAGACCAGGUACAUUAUUAUUAGAUUCAUCAACAAUCGAUCCUGCAACUGCUCGUGAAGUAGCAUCAAUUGCCAAGAAACAUCAAUCUACAAUGUUGGAUUGCCCAGUUAGCGGUGGCACUGGCGGUGCUGAGGCUGGCACAUUAACAUUCAUGGUAGGUGGUAGCGAACAAGAUUUCAACACUGCCAAAACAUACUUGGAAUGCAUGGGUAAAAACAUAGUACAUUGCGGUGACGUUGGUACUGGUCAAGUCGCCAAGGUUUGUAAUAAUUUAGUUUUGGGUAUCUCAAUGAUUGCAGUGAGUGAAGCCAUGAACUUAGGUGUUAAACAAGGUAUGGAUCCAAAGAAAUUAGCAGGUAUUUUCAACACCUCUUCAGCACGUUGUUGGACUUCUGAAUUAUAUAACCCAUGUCCAGGUGUAAUUGAAACUUCACCAGCUUCAAGAGGUUACACUGGUGGUUUUGGUUCUGCCCUCAUGACUAAAGAUUUAGGUCUCGCUGUUGACUCUGCUAAAUCAAUUGGUGAACCACUCUUACUUGGUAAUUCUGCUCAUCAACUCUAUACUCUCUUAGUUGCAAAAGGUGAUGGUCAAAAAGAUUUCUCUGUUGUUUAUGAUUUUUUAAAUAAAAAUUUUAAAAAUUCAAAUUAA